ACUAGCAAAGUGCAAAACGGUGCAGAAACCAGCAAUGACAGUAGCUACCACUACCGCCUGUUCCUUGCAGCUCUCUUCCUCAGCCGUUUACUGCGGUUUUCCGCCGCCUGAUUAUGGCUUCGCGGUUGUACCAAAGCCGCGUCAGCGUCUGUCUUUCAAGACCAAAGACUCUGAUGUAUUCAGGUGCUACUCCAGAAGUACUGAUGAACCCAAAACAAGGUUGAAUCUCUUGGAUAAUGCAAGCAACCUGCUCACCAAUUUUCUAAGUGGGGGAAGUCUUGGUUCUAUGCCUAUAGCUCAGGGGGCGGUUUCAGAUUUGUUUCGCCAGCCUCUCUUUUUUUCACUAUAUGAUUGGUUUCUGGAGGUACUUAGUUACUUAACCUUUUAUGGAUUUGUGUUAGUAGGAUGGUGGUAUUUUGCUCCCCUAAAUUGCUCAUGGUUCCCCUGAUGGUAGAUCUGCAGACCUUAUUUCAGUGGUGGAAGAGCAUGGCUCUGUCUAUAAACUUGCUUUUGGGCCAAAAGCAUUUGUUGUUGUCUCUGAUCCUAUUGUUGCAAGACACAUUCUUCGAGAGAAUGCAUUUUCAUAUGACAAGGGAGUUCUGGCUGAAAUCCUAGAACCAAUAAUGGGUAAAGGACUUAUACCCGCUGACCUUGACACUUGGAAGAAGAGGAGAAGAGUUAUUGCUCCUGGGUUCCAUGCAUCAUACUUGGAAGCUAUGGUCAAAAUAUUCAGUGAUUGUUCAGAACGAACAAUUAUGAAAUUUGAAAAACUUCUAGAAAGUGAGCAAUCUCUUGCUGGAGAUACAGUUCAGUUGGAUCUUGAAGCAGAGUUUUCAAGUUUGGCCCUUGAUAUCAUUGGGCUUGGGGUCUUCAACUAUGACUUUGGUUCAUUUACAAAUGAAUCUCCUGUGAUUAAGGCAGUAUAUGGUACUCUUUCUGAAGCUGAGCAUAGAUCUACUUUCUAUAUCCCUUACUGGAAAAUUCCUCUAGCAAAGUGGGUUGUUCCUCGGCAACGGAAGUUCCAGAAUGACCUGAAGAUUAUUAACGAGUGUCUUGAUGGACUCAUCCGAAAUGCAAAAGAGACUAGACAGGAAACAGAUAUUGAGCAGCUGCAGCAAAGGCAGUACUUGAAUCUUAAGGAUGCAAGUCUCUUGAGGUUUUUGGUAGAUAUGCGUGGAGCUGAUGUUGAUGAUUCUCAGCUGAGGGAUGAUCUAAUGACAAUGCUAGUUGCUGGUCAUGAAACAACAGCAGCUGUUCUCACUUGGGCUGUUUUCCUUCUCGCACAAGUACAAUUCUUCAUUGCCUUUUUGUUACAAGUUUUUGUUCCUUGACAAGAUAAGUUGCUUCUUUCCAUCAACAAACUCAUCCUUUCCCAUGUUUUUUUGACAAAACUGAUGCAUGCUAGUUGUCAAAAUGCAGAAUCCUACCAAAUUGAAAAAAGCUCAAGCGGAGAUUGAUUUGGUUCUAGGACUUGAGAGACCAAGUUUUGAAUCAAUAAAGAAACUGGAGUAUUUGCGACUUAUCGUUGUGGAGGCUCUUCGUCUUUAUCCCCAACCUCCAUUGCUCAUUAGACGUACUCUUAAAGCAGAUGUGCUACCAGGAGGUUACCAAGGAGACAGAGAUGGUUAUGCAAUUCCUGCUGGGACUGAUAUCUUCCUUUCAGUAUACAAUCUUCAUCGGUCUCCAUAUUUUUGGGACAGGCCACAUGAUUUUGAACCAGAGAGGUUUCAAGUGCCCAAGGAGAGCAAUGACAGACAAGGAUGGGCUGGUUUUGAUCCUUCUCGGAGCCCUGGAGCAUUAUACCCUAAUGAGAUAAUAUCAGAUUUUGCUUUCCUACCAUUUGGUGGGGGUCCAAGAAAAUGCGUAGGAGACCAGUUUGCAUUCAUGGAAUCAACUGUAGCUCUGGCUAUGUUGUUACAGAAGUUCGAUGUAGAGUUGAAAGGAUCUCCAGAGGAUGUCGAGCUGGUGACGGGGGCAACAAUUCACACAAAAAAUGGACUGUGGUGCAAACUGAGGAGGAGGGAGGUACGUUGUUUUAGCAACGAAAAGGAAAUGAUUGUAUGAAGCAAUGCAAGAAGUAAAAGAAAAACAAAUUUAUCAUUCUCAAUGACAAAUAAACCUUGUAAUCAAAUAAUCCUAGUUAAUUUAUGUGCGCUAAAUUCGCCAAAGUGCUCGCUCAAGUAACAGUAUAGUAGAGAUUAGGGGGCUGGGAGAUUUUUUUUUAUA